AUGCGCAUGGUUCGAAAUGGACGCACAUUUGGAGAUGGCUUCAACGACGCGCCGUUGCAUCAAUGUCUCGCGUUAUCGUUGGCUGGUUUUGGUGGAGAAGAGGAUACUGGGAUAAACAAGGGCCAGGUAUGUAAUGGGAACGAUGAGACAAGGGAAAAGGAAAAGGGCAUGCUGGGUGGGGUCAAUCUAUGGCUCUUGCUUUCUGCUCUGGACGAAGCAAGGAGACUUGCGAGGGGAAGGCACGACCAGGUAAGCAAGAUUGAUGCACUAGAGACGCAAAAUGCCAGAAGCGAGCCUAGAAAAGACAAGAGCGGACGGGGCCGUGCUCUUUCCAACGGCCGCCCUCAACGGCUAUCCCCACAGUACGAGCACACCUGCGCACCUGUCUGGGCCUACAGUCUUGCACUGCAAGUACUGUAA